AUGGAUCGUAGUUGGAUGAGAGCUAAUCGAAUAAGUGCUGAGUAUGAACAUGGAGUGAUGGAAUAUCUACAGUUUGAUGAAAGUAAUGCUAAAAAAGAUCUUCCUCCUCCUAAAAGUAGUGCUGAAGAAAGUCUUCUUACGCUUAUUCUCUGUUCGUGUGUUCGUUAUGCAAAUCAAAAACCAAAACUUAGUAAGAAAGAAAUCAUGAAUCAUCUAAUUUGUAAAGGGUUUUGUCAAAGUUAUACACAAUGGAUAUGGUACGAUGAAGUAGUAGCAACAUCAAAUGUGUCUCAAAUAGAUAAUGUUAGUGUGGAAAUGGAUGAUCGUCUAGAAGACAUGAUGCGUGAUAUUGAACAAUAUUCGUUUAAGAGGACACAUGCGUAUGAUAGCUUAUACAUUAACAAGGAUACACCUUUGUACCCGGGAUGCACAAAUUUUACAUGUUUGUUAGCCGUGUUAAAAUUGUUCAAUCUAAAGCCAGCUAACGGGUGGAGUGAUAAAAGUUUUAACGAAUUGCUUGAAUUGUUGACACAAAUGCUUCCAGAAGGUAACGUAAUGCCAAGUCGUUAUUACGAGGCGAAGAAAAUAUUGUGUCUGAUGGGUUUGGAGUAUGAAAAGAUACAUGCAUGCCCUAAUGAUUCCAUAUUAUACAGAAAAGAGUAUGUAAAAUAUAAUCAUUGUCCGAAGUGCAAGGCGUCACGCUACAAAAAGAGAGAUGGUGAAUCUAGUGAUGAUGAGGAAGUCAAAAAGGGUCCUCCUGCGAAAGUGGUAUGGUACCUACCGAUCAUUUCAAGGUUCAAGAUAUUAUUCGCUAAUGCAGACGACGCAAAGAAUCUUAGAUGGCAUGCAGAAGAAAGAAAAUGUGAUGGACAAAUUCGCCAUGAGGAAGGGGUGGAUGUUUUCGAUGCGCAUUCUAGUGAACAAUUCAAUUUGCGUGCCAUGUUGUUUUGCACCAUCAACGAUUUUCUGGCGUAUGGAAAUUUGUCUGGGUAUAAAGUUAAAGGGCAUAAAGCGUCUCCUAUAUAUGAAAAAGACACAUGUUACAAUCAACUUGAAAAACGAAAGAAUACUGUUUAUCUCGGACAUCGAAAAUUUCUUAAUCGUUAUCAUCCACAUCGUAGAUUGCGGAAAGCUUUUAAUGGGAAACAAGAGCAUGGUGUUUCUCCAAAGCCCUUAACUAGAGAGGAAGUUUAUCAACGACAACGGGGCAUUACUGCUGUCUUUGGAAAGUAUCAAAAGCGACCCAUUGUGAAAAAUAUAUGGAAAAAGAAUUUGUUUUUUUUCAAUCUUCCAUAUUGGUCUAGUCUUGAGAGGCUUGUAUCGGUUAAAGAUAUCAAAUUAGUUGGCUUAAAAUUUCAUGACUGUCAUGUCUUAAUGCAACAACUACUACCAGUGGCUAUUCGUGGGAUAUUUCCUAACAAUGUUAGGAAGACUAUAACUAGGUUGUGCCUGUUUUUCAAUGAAAUUUGUUGCAAAGCCAUUGAUCCAUUAAAGUUAGAAGAUUUGGAAAAUGAGGCUGCAGUUAUCUUAUGCCAAUUAGAGAUGUUUUUUCCUCCUUCAUUUUUUAACAUUAUGGUUCACUUGAUUGUUCAUCUAGUAAGGGAGAUUAGAUUAUAUAGUCCAAUAUUUUUACAGUGGAUGUAUCCAAUAGAGCGAUACAUGAAGAUCCUAAAAGUGUAUACCAAAAACCCGCACCGUUCGGAAGCAUCGAUUUUUGAGAGGUACAUUGCAGAAGAAGCAAUUGAGUUUUGUUCUAACUAUUUGUCGGAAGUGAAUGUUAUAGGGGUUCCCAAGUCUCGUCGUGAUGGAAGAUGUGAGGGUGUAGGUACACAAGGUUUAAAGAUCAAGAGCUUAAGUAUUGUUGUGGUUGUUCAAGUGCAUUUGUAUAUAUUGAAUAACACAGAUGAAGUUCAACUCUACUUAUCUGCUCACAAAAGCAUCAUAAAGAAAAAGUACCCCAAGAUGAAUGAAAGAGGGUUGUUAAAAGAGAACAUUGUAAACCUUCCAUUAAUUUUUAUAUGUCAGCUAAGUGUAUCAGAGAGUUGUUGGUGGGUUUUCAUUAGCUUGACGUGUAUAUUCUGCAAGUUUGGUGCACGUAUUGAUAAUUCAUCAUCAGAAGUGUACGGAUUUAUGGACCCUGCUAUGUGUAUACAUUAUGAUGAUGUGCCGAGUUCUGCAACAAAUGUUAGAAAUUACAUACAAGAUAAGUUAAUGAAGGAGGACAGAGUUUGCCACCUCCUACCACUUAUUCAUGGAUAA